UAAAGCCAUACGUCCUGUAGCCUUCAUGUGAGCUACAGUGGUCGAGUAGGAAAUUUUCUGUACUGAGAUCUUUUAAAGUAUAGGACUGUUCAAAAAUACUAAGAAGCUGUGCCAACGUUUUAAACAAGGUCGCUGCAAAUCUAUGAGAUAUUUGAAAGCCUUCUGUCAAACUAACAAUUUAUUCACACUUAUAAUGACAAUAAAUGACUUUUCCUAAAAUUAGCUUACACUAUUAACACAAAAUUGACCCAAAAUUUAACUAUCUGGUAACAUUUAUGUAACUAACUUGGAUGGAAGUCGACUUACCAAUCAGGUAUGCUAACGGAGUAGAUGGCGCUAAAUCAAACUUUACCAGUUCACUAGGCAGCAAUAAUCGCUUUGGUAACAUGCGACCAAUGAGAUCUCUAGUUCAUAGAGGUGGUGCAGUCGGCAUGGGUAUAGUAUCAAAAGGAAUGGUUAUAUUUGCUGGUAACUCUCAUCCAGAGUUAGUGAAAGCUGUUUGUCAGCAUCUUAAUGCUCGUCCUGGAAAUUGUUCAGUGUUCUUUCGAUCAAGUCGUGAAACAGAGGUUGAAAUACGCGAAACUGUUAGAGGUCGGGAUGUUUAUAUUAUUCAAUCGGGUACUAAAGAUGUCAAUAAUGAUAUAAUGGAGUUAUUGAUUAUUGCUUAUGCUUGCAAAUCAGCCUGUGCAAGGAAAGUUAUCGCAGUAGUGCCAUAUUUACCCUAUUCAACACAAACGAAAAGGAGAAAGCGUGGACCUAUCACCAGUAAACUUGUCGCCAAAAUGUUAUGUGCUUCAGGAAUCAACCAUUUAAUUACGCUAGAUCUGCAUUCUAAAGAAAUUCAGGGAUUUUUCGAUGUUCCCGUUGAUAAUCUGCGUGCUUCACCAUUUUUAACAAAAUAUAUUGAAACAUACAUUGCUGAUUAUAGAAAUGCAGUUAUAGUAGCUCGUAAUCCUGGUGUUGUACCACGGGCUACUAGUUAUGCAGAACGUUUACGUUUACCGCUAGUUGUUAUUCACGGAGAAGAAAGAGAUGAAAGUGAUAAUACCGAUGGUCGUAAUUCUCCACCAUUAGAUCAACCUGUUUCAGAGAAAAGUAAAACUACCCAAGUAGGUCUUGAAUUGUUACCAAUGAUGAUACCUAAAGCCAAGCCACCAUUGACGUUAGUUGGAGAUGUGAAUUCAAGAAUUGCUAUUAUUAUUGAUGAUAUUAUAGAUGAUGUAUCAAAGUUUGUUACCGCGGCUGAAUUACUUCAUGAACGAGGUGCAUAUAAGAUAUUUGUUAUUGCAACACAUGGACUACUCAGUUUAGAUGCUCCACGUUUACUUGAAGAAAGUCGUAUCGAUGAAGUUGUUGUAACAAAUACUGUCCCUCAUGAAUUACAAAAAAUGCAAUGUCAUAAAAUUCGUACAGUGGAUAUUAGUCCACUAUUGGCUGAAGCUAUCCGACGUAUUUACAAUGAUGAAUCGAUGUCCUAUUUAUUUAUGAAUGUACCUAAAGAUGAUUAGAAUUAUGACGACACUUGACGACGUUGUACGUGUUCACGUUCGUCUUCGUGUUCGCGUUAUUUUUUUCCUGUUGUUUUCUCUUUUUGAUUGACUAACCCUGAUGUUCCUGCGUGUGAGUGUGCGUGUUUGUGUGGACGUUCAGUGACAGUGGAAGCAGAAGGAUAAUCAGCAGUUGUAUUUGUGUGUUAUCUUGUAAGGGGGGGGGGUCUUGGAAUUAAUUCUAUAAGUGCAACUUAUUCACUUUUUUUUCUAUGCAAUAAUGAAGAGAGAGAAAAAAGACAAAACACACAAAAAGUACAAUUAACAAACACACUAUUUGAAUAAAUUUUUUUUUUCUAGGUUAUCACAGUUUAUCCCAGUUAUUAUUAUCUCGUUAUUAUUAUCUCAAUAAUUUUUGCGUGAUUCAACUUUUCCUGUUCACUCACUCGCCUUACUUUGUUUGAUUCACUUUUUCUCUCUGUGUGUGAAGAGAAACGAAAUCGCCAUCUUAUUUUUUUCAUCUGUUAUUUGUACAUAUUGAUAAAGUUUACUCAAUUUUUAUCAAGAUAUAUAUAUAUAUAUAUAUA